AUGCACCAUGAUGACCAAGCCCAUACAUCCUUCAUUAUCGACUGUGGCCUCUAUUGCUAUAAAGUGCUGCCCUUCGAUCUCAAGAACGCCAGUGCUACGUAUCAGCGUUUGGUGAACAACCUCUUUGCCCCACUGAUUGGCAACACUAUGGAGGUUUAUGUCGAUGACAUGUUAGUCAAAAGUCGCACUGCUGACCAUCACAUCUCUAACCUAUUUGCCAUGUUGACCAUCCUAAAGUAG